CUUGUUGGGGAGUGGGUGGUAGGUGGGAGUGGGCUGCUGGCCAUGAAUCUCUGCCUCUCCCAGGCUGUCCCCCUCCUCCCAGGGCCUCCUGGGGGACCUUUGUAAUUUAAGCCAAUUAAAAAUAUGGACUCAAAAAAAAAAAAAAAAAAAUUCCAGCCCCUCCUGCUGCCUUGCCUCUUGAGGGAAGAGGAAGGCAGGCAGCAGGUUGGAUGAGGAGGGAGACCCUGCACACAACCUCUCCUGGGCUCACAGGAGGGCGGAGCCUGGGGAGCCAGUUGCUGGAACAUGCCCCCCCUUUCCUGACCUGUUCAACUGAGCAGAUGACUGGUCAGAAAAAAUGCCCCGCCCCCUGCCAGGCCUCAGCAGGGCAAGUUAAAGUCUCUAGUCCAGGAAUGGAGGUGGAAGUAUGGGCACCUGGCAGUGCUCACAGCAAGCCUUGACUGUGUGGCCUGGAGGUGGGGCCUGAGCUUCAGGGUCACUGAGGUACCUCUGGGAUCCCAGCCACCUGGAGCCCCGGACCUCCCAGACUCCACUCACCCAUUCCCUCUCCCCUCACCGCACUCACACCAGGGGCAGCCUGGAGCCGGGAUUGCAGGGCGGGGCCAGGCCACUGCCCUCCUCCCUCCUGGCUGGCCUGCCCCCUUGCCUGCCUGCAUGCAGGCUUCUAGCAGAGCCAGCUUCUUCAGAGCCAGGUGGAUCCUGUCUUGGUCCUGCCUAGGUGUGUGACCCUGGGCAAAUCUACCUCUCUCAGCUUCUGCUUCCUACUUUAUGAAAAUGUGACUGAUGUCACAGGGUUGUUAUGAGAUUAAAAGAUACGAAGAACCGUGCACAGUGCUCACUAAUCAGUAGUCUGCAAUUCUGCACCCAGGUGGGUGCCCAUGGGCCUUACCUGCUCCUGGGUACUCUGCUGUCCCCACAGGGUCCUGAGCUCAGCCCCUGUCACUGCCUCUCCUGCUGCCCUUUGCUUUGUCCACUCAGCAAUGUUCUCACUCCUCAUCCCUCCACGCCUACCACCUGUGUGCCAGCUUCUUGGACCAUGAGUUGCCACUCCUCGGGUGCUGGACUGUCCCCACAGCCAUCUUCUCCCCUGCUCCCCAUGAAGGAGAGCCAGUCCCCUCCCAGGUAGCACAUCAGAGCUGGCAGGCUCCAGAGGUCUUCUGGUCCUCUUGUAGUGGCCAGAAAGUGGGGACAGGGGCCCAGAGAGGGGCAGGGACUGACACAUGGUCACACAGCCUAUUUAUGGCUGAUCUGGAGCUGGAGCCAGCCUUCUGUCACCCAUCAGAGCCCCUGGAUUUCCGUUUCACCCAACACAGGGUGUUGGGGUAGAACUGGAGGGCCCCUCCACCCCUACUGUCCUGUCUCCUAAGACCACUUAUCUGACCACCAGCUGUGGGGAAGGAAAACACUUGACCCAGGCUUAUGCCCCAGGUUCCCAGGCAUGGAAUUGACUUCCUCCGCCCCUGCUGGUGUGGUGAGGGUGACUGGGGACGAGGCACUAGGCCUUCGGUGCAGGCGCCUGAGGACGUGGUUGCACUGUCCCUUCUGGGGAUGUGCCCUUGAGCCCAGGCAGAGGAGAGCGCAGCCAGGGCAGGACCUGGCAGCCCUGGUACAGAGCCCAGAGGGGGCAUCAGUUCCUGCUGGUCCUGUUCUGUUUACAGACAAGCUGCUGUCCUCCCUGCAAAGGGGAGUGGGUGGGGCAGAGGGCAAGUGCCAGGGGGACACGAGGCUGGGCAUGUGGCUGGCCUGAGACGGUGUCUGAGUAAUGUCAGGAACCUGGAGGCAUAGGGCCCUGGACCCCAGACCUCUGACCAGGGGGCGGCCAGUGUCCAGGUACCCCAACCCCUGCCCUGGGUCUGGCGUCCCCCCAUUAGUGAGUCUUGGCUCUGCUUAUAGCAUCUGACACCAGAGGGGCCGAAAAUAGCCCCUGGAGAAGGGGGAGGAGGGGGCUAUUUAAAGGGCCUGGGAGGGGAGAGGGAGUGAGGAGUGAUCAUGGCUACCUCAGAGCUGAGCUGCGAGGUGUCCGAGGAGAACUGUGAGCGCCGGGAGGCCUUCUGGGCGGAAUGGAAGGAUCUGACACUGUCCACACGGCCUGAGGAGGGCUGCUCCCUGCAUGAGGAGGACACCCGGAGACAUGAGACCUACCACCAGCAGGGGCAGUGCCAGGCGCUGGUGCAGCGCUCGCCCUGGCUGGUGAUGCGGAUGGGCAUCCUCGGCCGUGGGCUGCAGGAGUACCAGCUGCCCUACCAGCGGGUACUGCCACUGCCCAUCUUCACCCCUGCCAAGAUGGGCGCCACCAAGGAGGAGCGCGAGGACACCCCCAUCCAGCUGCAGGAGCUGCUGGCGCUGGAGACAGCCCUGGGUGGCCAGUGUGUGGAUCGCCAGGAGGUGGCUGAGAUCACCAAGCAGCUGCCCCCUGUGGUGCCUGUCAGCAAGCCGGGUGCCCUUCGUCGUUCCCUGUCCCGCUCCAUGUCCCAGGAAGCACAGAGAGGCUGAGAGGGACUGUGACUUGGGCUCCGCUGUGCCCGCCCUGGGCUGGGCCCUUCCUGGCUAGGACUGUGGAGGGGAGCUGCUGGCCAUGGCUGCUUUGUAGUUUGCCCAGAGUUGGGGGUUAGGGGAGGAGGGAGCCAGAGGCCAGGAUGCCUGAGCCCCCUGAGUUCCCAAAGGGAGGGUGGCAGAGAUGGUGGGCACUAAGGGUGGAGAGUUGGGGGCCAGCACAGCUGAGGACCCUCAGCCCCAGGAGAAGGGACAAAAGAUACUGGUGAGGGCAAGAGGUACCUGGGAGGAGUGGCCCUGAUCCAGGAAAAUGUGAGGGGAAUCUGGAAUGCUCUAGGCAGAAGAAGCUGGGAGGGAGGGGGAGGUGAAGAGGGCAGAGGCAAGGAUGGUGGGGCCCCCAGCACCUUCUGUUAGUGCCGCAAUAAAUGCUCAAUCAUGUGCCAGA